CUCAGCCGUUCGUAUUCGCCAUAAAACUGCUGUCGGAAACAGUAGCGUUUGCGCUUAGUCGGUUACGAUUUAGUAGAGUAUAAGAUCUCUCAGGUGGUUUGUUUGUUUACCUGUACGUAACGUGUUGUAGUGAUUUUUUCCUAUAAAUUUGUCUAAAGUAAUGAACGCUUAUUGGCUCUGUGGCACACAUACUGUAUGGAAAAUAUCUUCGGUGCGAAGGUAGAGGAAAUGCAACGACUGAUGCGAGAAACGUCGCGCAAUGUGUUUUGAGACUUUUCACAGUGGUUUUCACGAAUUUUCUUUAGUUGAGAGAAAAUCGUCGCCUAGUCAACGUCGUCUUCUAACUUCGAAAGAACCGAAAUAAACAUUCUGAUCUAGUCAAAACGACUAAAGCAGACUACAAUUACACCUAUUUUGGGACUUAACGAAAAUAACGAGACUAAGGAGAAAAGCGAAAAAAGAACAGUGUGCCAAAUUUUCCACAGCAACAUCUUUAAAUUUAGCGAAACAGAAGUUGCAGCAGCGGCGGCGGCAUCUUUUUAACAAAUUGUCCUAGUAUCUGUGGCGCAUUAAAGCGUAAAAUCUCAGAAUCUAUAUAUUCUGACAAAUUAAAAAUAUAUACAGCCGUAGUAGUAGCAGCAGAUAUAUCGAAAACUUUUCAAGUAUAAACUUCACAUAGGAAGCAACGCAAAUGGCUCAACCUCAGUUACUACAAAUUAAACUGUCGCGUUUUGACGCCCAGCCUUGGGGCUUUCGAUUGCAGGGAGGUGUUGACUUUGCUUCCCCACUAGUCGUGCAAAAGGUUAACGGCGGCAGCUUGGCAGAGAAGGCUGGUCUCAUCCCAGGAGAUGCUGUACUUCAAAUUAAUGAUGUUGAUGUAUUUAAUUUGCGCCACAAAGACGCCCAGGAUGUCGUUGUACGCUCUGGAAACAACUUCGUUUUGACUGUCCAAAGGGGAGGCUCGACUUGGCGUCCACACGUAACGCCAACUGGCAAUCUACCUCAGCCACAGCAGAACUCCCCGUAUUUGCAAACAGUGACGAAAACUUCUCUAGCUCAUAAACAACAGGAAGGACAACACAUUGGCUGUGGAUACAAUAACGCUGCCCGUCCAUUCGUUAACGGCGGCGAUGGCAGCGUCAAGAGUAUCGUAAAUAAACAAUAUAACACGCCGGUCGGCAUUUACAGCGAUGAAUCUAUUGCAGAAACCCUUUCAGCUCAGGCUGAAGUCCUGGCCGGCGGCGUUCUUGGUGUCAACUUCAAGAAAAACGAAAAGGAAUAUCAGCCCGACAAGUCAGAGGUAUUGAAGUUCUUACGCGAAGAAGAAACUGGACAAUCGACUCCAGAACCACCGUCUCCCGCGAAUUUCUAUUGGACCCAGAGCCACGCCAUCGGCGGCAAUGAACGCCGUACACCGCUAUCUCACCAACAACAUCCACAGCAAAACCAACCGCUCGAUAAACCAGUGGAAAUAAAAUCCAAGCAACCCACCUUGGCCUCGAAUGCUUCACCAAAACCUGGUCUGCCUCAAUCGGCCAAAGCAAAUCCGACUUCGGCAGCGCCACCGGCCGAAUCUGUCGAUCCGCGUGUCAUUAUUAUGCCCGUGUGUCCGGCCUUGCAAACCCCGGAAUAUAAAGCGGAAAUGGAAGCGGCAACGGCUGCACUGCAGCACGAUGAUGGCCCGCGGCCAUUGUCCGCCAGCGGACAUCCGGCGUGCGCACUGUGCGGCGUCGGUAUUGUUGGUGUUUUUGUGCGCAUCAAGGACAAGAAUCUGCAUGUGGAAUGUUUCAAGUGUGCAACUUGCGGCACCUCUUUGAAAAACCAAGGUUACUAUAACUACAACAACAAGCUCUACUGCGAUAUCCACGCCAAGCUCGCAGCUCUACAAAAUCCACCACCCGGCACCGACGGUUAUGUACCCGUGCCAAUUAAACCAAACGCCAAGCUGAGUGCCAACACCAUCUCGUCGGCAUUGAAUGCCCAUGGCUUUAGCGACAUACCGGUGGCUAAUGGUGGAGUUGCAACGCAGAAUUCUGUUCCGAGGCCACAAGCUUACGAAAGCGCAAAUGAAAAUAAAGAGGAUAACACUGACUUGCCACUGCCACCACCACCAUCACCUUCCUUGCUGCAACAGUUAGAAAUCGAUAGCCAAUACUGUGCCGCUGUUGACGAUAACACCACCGACACGAAACAAAAAUUACUGCAUACUAGCAGGCAUUCAACGCUUUCGACUUCUUCCAAUAACUCGUCCAGGACAUCAGCAGCACAGCCGAGUCACAUUCCAUCUAUGACAGAAGAGAUAUCAACAGCACCAAUGGUAGACGAAACAUCUAGUGGAUACACUUCUGCCUCGUCGUUGCGUUCCCGUCAAACCUCAUCGGCACCUUCUUCAGUGUGUGGCACAAGCACAGACUCCAAUAGGACUCCGAUAGCAUCACCACCACCCCCACCGCCGCUACCUCCAUCUCUACCAGUACAAAUGAUCCAACAACCACAUCGCCAACCAUGCGAAAACGAUAUGAACUCACAAAAUCAGCAUGGCAUCGGCGGUGGCCUAGCAGGUGGAGUUUAUAGCAAAUUCUUGAAGGAGUAUUCCAACAAGUUGCUAACACAAAACAAUAAGAAUAACAUUUCAACAAAUUCCCUAUCCAUUGACAUUUCCUCAAAAAGUAAUCACAAGCACUAUGAGAAGUCGAACAAGUCACUCGUUACAAACAACAUUCAAAAUCGCUUGAACAACACCGCCUUACCAUACCACCCAUCAACUCAGACACUAAUGACCUCUCAUGCACAAUCAGUCAAAAACUUAGACUCAAUAGCCUCAGGCUUAAUAAGCACAACCACAGACGCAGUCCCAGGCAUAGACACAGCCAGUGCAACGACAAAAAACACGCAUCCUUCGGUUAUAGCCAUAUCAGCGAACUUCACUAAUCAAUUGAAUCCAUGUCAGCAGGUUGCGAAAUCGGCAACAGAUUCAACAUUACCUCCACCAGCACUAUUGUCUUCAACUCCAAAAACAGAAAUAACUAGUGCUACACUCAUAAACGCUGUCAAUAGCAAUUGCCAUAGUCAUAUUAGUAAUCGUUGCGAAAGUGCACAGUUAAGUGAAUUUGAAGGCAUCCCCGACACAGCAAGAGAGGCGACCUCAGCAAUGUUGGCUAAUCAGCCGUCGGAACUCGACCAAUCGCCAUUUGGGGAAUACGUUACCUUGACGGGCAGCGUCAUCCGCAGUGUUGUGCCUCCUGGUAAGGGUACAAACAUCAACUACAAGGUCAAUCAGGGUUAUGCUAGACCCUUCGGAGCUGCUUCUGGCGCGCCAGCUUCUGCCCCCAAAUCCCCGGUUGCAUACCCACCGCAGAGGUCUGCAGUCAACCCGUACGCCACACUGCCGCGCAAUAACGUGGGCCAGCAAGAUAACGAUCCUAGCUUGCAACCGCAAUAUGCGGAAGAAUGUGACUCCACAGCAGCAAUAGGAGCUGAAUACUUCGAGGAAGACCUCGAUUUAGCAGAUGCCAAUCGGCAAAAUCGUAAUAACUUCUCUUGGCCUCCACCCAAGGAAGACAGUCCCGUUGUACCGACAGCAGCUCCACUUUAUAUUCCUCCACCGGAAACUCAACAUGCAGUAGCGAAGCCCCUGAAAAUUCCACAACCACAAUCUGAAAAUGAAUUGAAUAAGGGGCAAUCUCGGUCACAGAAUAAAGAACAGCAACAAGUACAGUAUUGUCAACCGAAUUGGCAAAGUAAGUCGGCACCCCAGCUGACUAUCGGAUUGCAGCCGCCCGAAAUCGAAUCCAGUUCGGAAAGUUUUACUUCAACUUCCACAACAACGACUACUACUUCAGAAGAAUAUCAGCGAAUGUAUGCCGCUCAGGUGCAAGCCUAUCAAAUGCAACAAGUUUAUGAGCAGCAAUCUGGAUCUGAGUUAGACUACCAUAUGGAUAUGGAAGUGGCUACAAUGCAACAGAAUUUGCAGGAAUCGUCUUGUAUAAGCUCGUCUGAGUAUAUUUCUGGACGCCGUAGUGCUCAGGAAUGCGUUGAAUCCUUGGCUGCUCCAUUGAACACUUACAAACUCAUUGAUAUGGUGAGAGAAGUAACGCCCAGCCCUAUUCCUCCUCCAAACAAUCUGGGUCCUAAGCAUGUUGUUUUCCUGGACGAACCCGAGACAAAAGAAAUUCCAGCAGAAGUCAUCGAAGAAAAUUUGCCAGAAGAAACAAAAUCUGGUAAGAAAAUGACCUCACAAACUGAAACUACUACCUCAGACACUUCAGAAAGAAAUGAUAUAGAACGUAAAAAUUCUACAAUUGAAUGCGGAAACUGUCAAAAAAACAAAGAGGAAGGCGAAACUUUUGUUAAAACUCAACGUAGUGAAAUACUGGAGUGUCAGCGAAUAUUUCAGCCAACUCCUGAGAUUAAAAUUGAAAUUCCUCCAGUGCGUCAAAUACCCCCAUCGAAAAUUCCGAACCCAGUGCCGAAAGAGUGGAUUAAUCCUUUGGUUAGGGUGUUGACUACGGCACCCGAUGUGCCAUUUCACUUAGUGGAGUGUCCAUGCCCUAAGCCUUGCGAUUGUGAGUUCGUAGCUUUGGAAACAGAUAAACAUAUUGAAGAAACUAUAAAAAGAGAGGAAGUUAAACAAACCGAAGUGCCAGAAGAAAUUAAACCGAUCGAGGAAGAUCCACCGAAAGGUUCACGACUCGCAAGUGCUAUGACUACCGCGCCAGAGUGGGAAGUGCAUUUUCAGCCGCCCCCUUCUGAAAUGAUCCCACUUCCCGAAGAAACCACUCCAUAUAUGCCACCACCAAUCGAUAUGAAACCAUAUAUGCGGGAAGACUAUAGGCCCAAAUCUCCCUUUUUAAGCGCACUAACAACAGCACCAGAACGCCCUUUUGAGGGUCAUUUCGAUAGAGACGUGCCUAUUCAUUUGCUCGAUCUCCCCACACCUAAGGAGCACCUUACUUUGUCCGAUGCCUUACGUACUGCACCCGAACGGGCAUAUACACCGCUCAAUCCAGCAAAUUUCACACACUUGUUUGAGGAACAAGAAAUAGAAAAGGAGAAAAAGAAACAUGAAUUUCAAGUUCUUGACCGAGAGAAGGAAUUAGGCAUUACCGCACUUGACAGUGAGUCUAUCCAAUACUAUACAACGGAGAAGCGUAACACUUCCCAGCAACGAAAAUCGUCCGCAUUUGCGGCAAUGCAAGCAUUCCAACCAACCCAAGCGCCACUUAUCUCCAAUACUCCAUGCCAAUCUAUUACGUCCUAUUCCAAACAUGAGUCUGAUCCCGAUUAUGAAAGAUAUUAUAAAGCUAAAGAGCGCAAUAAAAAACGUAUUGAUUAUUACCAUAAAAAAGAAGAAGAACUUCAACAACAACAAGUUCAAGAAAUUAAAAUACUAGACACAUCACAGACUAAACAAUGUCAAUCGUCCUCAUUAAAUUCCUAUACCAAACAAAGUUCUUCCUCUGCAUCCUCUUCCGCAGUCCAAACAGAAUCAAACACCACUUCUACCAGCACAUACGCCUCCAACUCAACUCAAGCUUCAAGUUCAUCGUAUCAAAGUAAUGCCGGCACCGCCCUCUCUGACACGAAAAUUGAUUUGCAAGAAGUUAUUGACGAAACCACAGAAGAACUUGAACAUUCUGAAGUGCUCUUUCCACCACCAUCUCCGCUAAGCCAUCUCCAAGGUAAAGCCGUUAUGUCCGGUUUACACAAAGCUGAUACGAUACCAAAAUAUCAACGCAAUUGGACAAAACUGCCCACACAAAGUCCUGUUCGCACUCCAGAGCCAAGCGAACUUCGAGAAAAUAUCCCACUCGCUUUUGUAGAUUCACCUGCUGCAAACUCAUCAAGUAACCCGGUCCACAAGCCUGUGGCCCAAAUAAGUACAACUACUGCAAACGAAUCGAAGAGACAAGAGCAAUCUUCGUUGACUGAACAACGGACAAAAUCGCAAACUCAAACCAAACGACCAGUCGUGCCUGUUAUAGUGGAAGACAGAGUGACUCCCCAAGUAACAAUGGCUUUUCAAUCCCUUGAUGAACACUUACAAUUAGACGAAUCACAAAGACCAAACCGACCCUACACUCCAUCAAUUAGCAAUAAACCUGUUCCAAUAAUUCCCUUUUAUCAAACGCCGGAAGCACUCUGCUUUGACGAGUGCCCAGCCUCUCAUGCUCGCACUUAUGAUCGACGCUCAGCUUCACCAUUCCCGGACCGUGCACGAUCCCCUGCUCCGGGCCCACCACCAAAUCCGCUAGCAGCUAUCCGCACACCACGAGUGAAAGAUAAUGAGUUGUCUUCCUUAUCUCCGCGUAUACUUCAAGCUGGCUCAAUUACCACUGGACAAAGCUACUUGGGAGCUCAACAACAACAGCAAACCGAGAUUAUAUCACAUCUAGAACAAACUAGCAAAACAGGAAGUCAAAGCUACACUAAGAUACCCGAAAGAAUUCAGGAACAUCAAAUUGGUAAUUACACAGUACAACGCCAAGAAAAAGCGUCCCACAAAUCCGAUCAAAAGCAAUCGAGCUUGGAAAGCCAAACAAAAAUGCAAAUUGGCGAUACCCAGAUUGAGAGAAGACGCCGAGUAACUGAAGAAUAUGAACACACUCAAAGCGCCCGUUCUGUAGAGAUUCGUACAGGCACAAAAACUACUGCAGUCGCUCCCGCUUCGUCAGCUACGGAGCGCCGUCAAUCAUACGGCAAAACAGGUUAUGUUGCUAAUCAAGCGCGCCGAUUAUCCGGCUUGGAACAAGAGAUUACAAAUUUGACAAGUCAGUCGCAGGCAAUUAGCGCACGCGCCGCUGCUUUAACGGAUACAUCAUUUCCACAAAUAAGUUCUCCUGAACCGGUAUCGAAGUUUCCGACUAAACCAUUGCUUCCUCCACACGAUGAACCUAAGCGUCCCAGCUAUCUGUUUUCUGCGACCCCUUACAACAAAAUGGUUGGUCCCCCGCCAGGAUUCAAUGAGCAAGAAAAUGAGCAGAAACAGAAUCAACAACAGUUGUCUUCCUUUCAUGCUUUAACUACAUAUGGAGCAUCUAUGGCUUCGAAACAACAAAAAUCAUUAAGUACAUAUUCAAGCAGCAACUUCACAACUUCCACAAGCACAGCAUCAUCAUUAUCACAGCAAGCUAAUGCCGCUAACGUUAGCAGUCUAACAAAAGCUUCUAUUACUAAUAAUAAUCAAGCUGACGCGGCAAGUGCCACGACCGCCGCCGCCAGUGCCAUUUGCCCCGUAACGGGGACAUUCUGUCGUCCAGGUCACACUUGCUGCCGACAGCAACAGUUGCAAGCGCAAACCAUUGCAACUGGCGUAGUUAAUUAUACUGAGAAUAAUAACGUAACAUAUCGGCCGAACGCUUCCACAGGUAUAACGGAUAUUAAGACUAAUGCACAAACCACCGCAACGGCUAUCGCUACCGCGGCCAAUGCUAUUGCGUAUGCCACUGACACAGCGCCGCCUUCCUCAAGCACUGGUUCUGCCGCUGCUGCCGCGCCUACUUCUUUUCCGCCACCCAAUACCAUUGAUAACAACAAGUCUAACGUUGAUUUCGGCGGUUCUACAGGUGUAGGAGGCAAGGGAGCCUUUGGCGCCACCUCGGCUCCAAAGCGUGGACGUGGAAUCUUUAACAAGGCGGUCGGUCCCGGUGUUCGCGUACCUUUGUGUAACAGCUGCAACAUCCAAAUCAGGGGGCCUUUUAUUACCGCAUUGGGACGUAUCUGGUGUCCUGAGCAUUUCAUUUGCGUAAAUGCCAACUGUCGUCGCCCAUUGCAGGACAUCGGUUUCGUCGAGGAGAAAGGUGAUCUCUACUGCGAGUACUGCUUUGAGAAAUAUUUGGCUCCGACAUGCAGCAAAUGCGGUGGCAAGAUAAAGGGCGAUUGUUUGAACGCCAUUGGAAAGCAAUUCCAUCCAGAAUGCUUCACUUGCGGCCACUGUGGCAAACUUUUCGGUAACACCCCCUUCUUUCUGGAGGAUGGAAACGCCUACUGCGAAGCCGAUUGGAAUGAACUCUUUACAACCAAAUGUUUCGCUUGCGGAUUUCCAGUUGAGGCAGGUGAUAGAUGGGUUGAAGCCCUGAACCACAAUUAUCACAGCCAAUGCUUCAAUUGCACUUACUGCAAGCAAAAUUUGGAAGGUCAAAGCUUUUACAACAAGGGUGGUCGUCCCUUCUGUAAAAAUCAUGCGCGCUAAAGCGAAAGAACGUUUGCUGCACGUCAGAGAUCACGCAUAUUACAAUACCUACAUUAAAGAUACACUGAUAAACAAUAUCCACAAAAGUUAUAAUAUAAACAUAUAAAUUGUAUUAAUUAAAACCUGAAUGUGAAAAGUACACGCUAAAGUCCUCGAAUGCCUCUUUGCCUCGGCCUCAGCCUCAGCAUCGAAACUUUUUUCCGUUAUUAUGCGAAAUUUGAUGACGAUCCUUUGAUUCGAAAUAGUACAUAUGUACAUACAUAGAUAUGUAACUGAGUGCAAAAUUGUAAUUAUAAGUAAAUGUCGAGAAUCCCAGUAGCACUAAUUCACUAAACAGGCUGCAUUCAAAUGCACAUUAAAGAACACAAACUCGUGUGUACUCUCGUACAUAUUUACGUAUGAAUGUGGGUUGGUUGGUUGGAGUGCUUCCUAGUCCCUGCCCAAGACACAUUUAGCGCAUUAUUGGGCCAUUUUGAUACGUAUGAAUGUACUAAAAAACUAUCUCAAAAUGCCAAGGCUUUGACUUGAGCACGGUUCUACCGUUUCCAACGCAUUAAUAGACAACAGAGCAGGUUAUCUUGAAAAAUUUUGAAUAUGUACAUACGUAUUCUGCUCUCGAUUUUAACAAUUGUAAUUUAAUCUGGGAGUACACAUACAUAUUUAUGUAUGUGUCUAUAGAUAUGUAAUCCCUUCUCAACAAAUUGAAAAUUAGUUGUUUUAAACUCAAUGUUUGUGUGUAAUGUAAGUUGAACGUCUCUGAUGAAGACAAAGGUAUAUGUAUAUUAAUAUUUUUAAUCAUCAAUUGAAACCAAUGUUUAUAAAACCAAUUAUGAUGUCAACAAAUAAACUGAAAUCUUUACCACGUUCAAUAA